CAAGAGAAUAUAUAGCUUAAUAAAUUAUGAAGUGAAGACCCUUGUUAGCACUUAGAACUAGAAAUACAGUUUAGCUAGCUAUGCCAGAAGCCAGCUCUGUGUCCUAUCUCAUCACAAUUCCUCCCCCUCCCAACAGUAACCACUAACCUGACUUUUAUAGUAAUCACUUAGGAGGAUUUUAUUUUAAUGGGACUAAAAAAUGUAACUAUAAUCACUAAUGUUAAAUAUUAGGCAGUUGAGGGAUGCUUGUGGAAACCAUGAUAGGCAGCCAGACCUCAGCACACUUACACCAUUUCAUACAGUUCCCCUCUGGGCCUAUGCUUCAUCUCUGCACACAUCUUUAUAAACAUGCAUGUACGUCCUGAAAGUGCUACCUCCAUUCUGAGGGCUAUGACCUAUAACCCGGAGGUGCUGAACAAAUGCUAAUAGGAGGAAUGAAUGAAUGUUAAAAAAAAAAAAAAAAAAAAAAAAGAAUUGUUUCACACAUUCAUCUAUGCAUUCUUUCAAUAUUUAAUGAGUGCCUAAAAUAUACGUAGAUUCUAACCUCUCUGUCCCUCUACACUCUGUCAUCAUUCCUGUCCUCCCCUUCUCCUCAUCUUCCUCUUUUCCCAUCUUAUUUCUUUCUUUCCCUGUGUGACAGAGCUAGAGUGAAUGCCCUGCAGGCAGGAUUCAGAGAUACAGGAGCAGGCCAGUGGAAACAGACACUCUGGAAAGGAGCCAGAUUAAAUAAGGGCAAAGACAGCCGUAUUACAUGCGGGAACCAGAAUGAAAAGCAGUGAUUCACAGAGCACUGCAACUGAGGACACUCCCUUCACUUUGAGAGCUACUGCGGGAUUGGGGUCAAUGAGGGCUGGCAUCAAGAUGAAGGGCAGCCGGGCUCCUCCCUGAAGAUGUGGUGCCCUUAAUCCUUCUCUCCCCACCCCACCCCCACUACUCCCUCACAUUGACCAGUGUCCUGGGCCUUUAAGAGUUGGAUGGGCUGGACUGGAGAGAGCUCACACCUCUCCCCUUCUUACUGCUUCCCUCUGGCUAUAACUCACCAGUCACAGCAGCCAGCUGCUAUAGAAGAGGGAGGAAACAAGCCAGUGCAAGGGGAGCAAAAGAGAAAAGGAGCCAGGCUGGGCUUCCUGAUCCCACAGCAUCGCAGAGCUCGGGAAGCACAGCUCACAGACACAGGAAACACAGGACUGCUAUUCUGCUUUCCUGCCCACGGUGAUCUGGUGCCAGCCGGUGGAACAGUAGGUGAUGGCGUCCCUGCUGCAAGACCGGCUGACCACUGAUCAGGACUUGCUGCUGAUGCAGGAAGGCAUGCUGAUGCGCAAGGUGAGGUCCAAAAGCUGGAAGAAGCUAAGAUACUUCAGACUUCAGAAUGACGGCAUGACAGUCUGGCAUGCACGGCAGGCCAGGGGCAGUGCCAAGCCCAGCUUCUCAAUCUCUGAUGUGGAGACAAUACGUAAUGGCCAUGAUUCCGAGUUGCUGCGUAGCCUGACAGAGGAGCUUCCCCUGGAGCAGGGCUUCACCGUUGUCUUCCACGGCCGCCGCUCCAACCUGGACCUGGUGGCCAACAGUGUUGAGGAGGCCCAGAUAUGGAUGCGAGGGCUCCACCUGUUGGUGGAUCUUGUCACCAGCAUGGACCAUCAGGAGCGCCUGGACCAAUGGCUGAGUGACUGGUUUCAACGUGGAGACAAAAAUCAGGAUGGUAAGAUGAGUUUCCAAGAAGUUCAGCGGUUAUUGCACCUAAUGAAUGUGGAAAUGGACCAAGAAUAUGCCUUCAGUCUUUUUCAGGCAGCAGACACGUCCCAGUCUGGGACUCUGGAAGGAGAAGAAUUUGUACAGUUCUAUAAGGCAUUGACUAAACGUGCUGAGGUGCAAGAACUAUUUGAAAGUUUUUCAGCUGAUGGGCAGAAGCUGACUCUGCUGGAAUUUUUGGAUUUCCUCCGAGAGGAGCAGAAGGAGAGAGACUGCACCUCCGAGCUUGCUCUGGAACUCAUUGACCGCUAUGAACCUUCAGACAGUGGCAAACUGCGGCAUGUGCUGAGCAUGGAUGGCUUCCUCAGCUACCUCUGCUCUAAGGAUGGAGACAUCUUCAACCCAGACUGCCUCCCCAUCUAUCAGGAUAUGACUCAACCCCUGAACCACUACUUCAUCUGCUCUUCUCAUAACACCUACCUAGUGGGGGACCAGCUUUGUGGCCAGAGCAGCGUCGAGGGAUAUAUACGGGCCCUGAAGCGGGGGUGCCGCUGCGUGGAGGUGGAUGUAUGGGAUGGACCUAGUGGGGAACCUGUCGUUUACCACGGACACACCCUGACCUCCCGCAUCCUGUUCAAAGAUGUCGUGGCCACAGUAGCACAGUAUGCCUUCCAGACGUCAGACUAUCCAGUCAUCUUGUCCCUGGAAACCCACUGCAGCUGGGAGCAGCAACAGACCAUGGCCCGCCAUCUGACUGAGAUCCUGGGGGAGCAGCUGCUGAGCACCACCUUGGAUGGCGUGCUGCCCACUCAGCUGCCCUCACCUGAGGAGCUUCGGAGGAAGAUCCUGGUGAAGGGGAAGAAGUUAACACUUGAGGAAGACCUGGAAUAUGAGGAAGAGGAAGUAGAGCCUGAGCUGGAGGGUGAGCAUGAGUCAGAAUUGGCGCUGGAGUCCCAGUUUGAGACUGAGCCUGAGCCUGAGCCCCAGGAGCAGAACCUUCAGAUUAAGGACAAAAAGAAGAAAUCCAAGAACAUCUUGUGUCCAGCCCUCUCUUCCCUGGUUAUCUAUUUGAAGUCUGUCUCAUUCCGCAGCUUCACACAUUCAAAGGAGCACUACCACUUCUAUGAGAUAUCAUCUUUCUCUGAAACCAAGGCCAAGCGCCUCAUCAAGGAGGCUGGCAAUGAGUUUGUGCAGCACAAUACUUGGCAGUUAAGCCGUGUGUAUCCCAGCGGCCUGAGGACAGACUCUUCCAACUACAACCCCCAGGAACUCUGGAAUGCAGGCUGCCAGAUGGUGGCCAUGAAUAUGCAGACUGCAGGGCUUGAAAUGGACAUCUGUGAUGGGCAUUUCCGCCAGAAUGGCGGCUGUGGCUAUGUGCUGAAGCCAGACUUCCUGCGUGAUAACCAAAGUUCCUUCCACCCCGAGAGACCCAUCAGCCCUUUCAAGGCCCAGACUCUCUUAAUCCAGGUGAUCAGUGGUCAGCAACUCCCCAAACUCAACAAGACCAAAGAGGGGUCCAUUGUGGAUCCACUGGUGAAAGUGCAGAUCUUUGGUGUCCGUCUAGACACAGCACGGCAGGAGACCAACUAUGUGGAGAACAAUGGUUUUAAUCCAUACUGGGGGCAGACACUGUGUUUCCGGGUGCUGGUGCCUGAACUUGCCAUGCUGCGUUUUGUGGUAAUGGAUUAUGACUGGAAAUCCCGAAAUGACUUUAUUGGUCAGUACACCCUGCCUUGGACCUGCAUGCAACAAGGUUACCGCCACAUUCACCUGCUGUCCAAAGAUGGCAUCAGCCUCUGCCCAGCUUCCAUCUUUGUAUAUAUCUGCAUCCGGGAAGAUCUGGAGGGGGAUGAGUCCUGAGGUGGGCACUUCACGGGAAGGGUUGGUGUGCUGGCUUUAGAUGGUGCGAAACACCUGGAAGGACGCUCUAGAGAACAAAUGGAAGUGGUGAAAACCAAGCUUUGGAUUGUGCAUUCCUAGGCACAAAAUUACCUCAUCCUUCCUAACAAGCAAAUCUGGGACCUGACUUUCCACCUUUUUUCUCUUUUCUUUCCUUCGUUUUCAUAAGCCUUUGGUAUCUUUCCUGCCCUUUCCCUUUGUGUACUCUAUACUGGAGUUCCCUUCUUCCUCUUGCUAUAGGCUCAAUCCCAUACCAACAUCUAUGACUAAUCUUUCCCAUCAACUCUGUGUGAAGGCAGAUUGCAACUAGAAAUUCAGAGGGGCUUGGAACAGAGAAACCUAAAGAAGCAUCAUCCCCUCCACUCCCAACUUCCUCAAAGCCCAAAGCCAAGGGAAGGAUAAAUCAAGGCUCAAGACUUCCCUGGCAAAGAUUAGGGAGAGACUUGACCCCAGGACUGUACGACUCUCAAGAGAACACUACACAGCACUCACAGUCCCCACUGGACUGCUUCCUCCUUAGCCCCACUGGUAUAAAUACAUCUCUCUCCAAUUUGGCUUCAAUAUGGUCUGUCACUGUUGGGCAAGGAGGGGAGGUACAAGGGUUGUGGGGACAUCUGGGUAGUCAGGUGAGAGAAGGAAAAGGUAGAGAAAGAAGUUCCCAGGAGACCUCCUGUAUGUGCUACAUAGGAAGGACACAGAGUAUGGCCUUUAAGAAUCAGGGCAAAAGGGCCGGGCGCGGUGGCUCAAGCCUGUAAUCCCAGCACUUUGGGAGGCCGAGACGGGCGGAUCACGAGGUCAGGAGA